UGCUCGUAGCAGUCAGUUUCCGCGAUGGUAUCAUGCGUAAACAUCGGACUGAGCCCAGUCAAAAGUCACAGAGCUCGGGUCUGUACUUUAGCCAUGCCUCUUCACGGGAUUGACAUGGCCUGAUGUAACGGGCAAGACGAGCUUUCCCAACUUGUGCAGGUACUGUACAUACACACCCAGCAGAAGCUGCCAGCAGCAAGCAGCGCAGUUGAUUGCUCCUUCAUCGGAUCCCAUACCCAGUUUUUUCGCGUCGUCAAGGUCCAGUGCCACGCUUCUUUUCUCCAUCUGGCCAUUGCCAUUUGUGUUGUCUUUCGGCUUUCCUGCUCUUUGCAUCUACCCAUCCUCCAUAUUGACUGUGCUGGCGAGGUGCCUUUGCGCACAAUGGCUGCGCAAGGGGGGGAGGACGUGUAUGCCAGCCUUCUUCUGACGGAUACCUAUCUGCCUGGUGCCCUCGUACUUGCGCACUCACUCCGUGAUGCCGGUACCACCAAGAAGCUGGCUAUCCUAGUCACUCUAGACUCGGUGUCAGCCGAUGUCAUAACGCAACUCAAGGCCGUGUACGAUUAUGUCAUCCCCGUUAGCCGCAUCCGCAACGGGCGGCCAGCCAACCUGGACCUCAUGAACCGUCCGGACCUCCAUUCGGCCUUCACGAAGAUCAAUCUCUGGAAGCAGACGCAGUUCCGCAAGAUUGUUUACAUAGACGCCGAUGUUGUGGCGUACAGAGCUCCCGACGAGCUGUUCGACCUUCCCCAUGCCUUCUCGGCAGCGCCCGACAUUGGCUGGCCCGACUUGUUCAACACGGGAGUCAUGGUCUUGACCCCGAACAUCGGCGACUACCAUGCACUGAUGGCCUUGGCUGAAAGAGGCAUCUCCUUUGACGGCGCCGAUCAAGGUCUCCUGAAUAUAUACUUCCAGAACAGCUUUAACCGCCUCAGCUUCACUUACAAUGUGACGCCUUCCGCCCACUACCAAUAUGUGCCUGCCUACAAACACUUCCAAUCGAGCAUAAACAUGGUCCAUUUUAUCGGCGCCAAUAAGCCAUGGUUGGAAGGCAGAGACAAAUCCACCGGAAGCUCGCCGUACGAUGAAAUGAUGGGUAGAUGGUGGGCCGUUUACGAUCGGCACUACCGCAGAGAGAGGCCCGAAUCUCAACCGGAGCCAAGAUCCCCUGCGAUUGUGCAGUAUUUUGUCAAGGGUGAAUACCAGCCGACGAUCCGCUAUGUCGUCCCUGUUGGCGAGCCACCUCAUGAUCAAUCCAACAACUUCUACGGUCAGCAAUACCAACCACCACAAACCCAGUCAUAUGGCGACGUGCAAUACCACCACCAACAGCAGCCUUAUGCCAGCCAGCUUCAUCCCCCUUCUGAGCAGCAUUCGCAUGAUUAUCAUCACCACCAGCAUCAUCAUGAACCUCACCAUCACCAACCCCACCCCCACCAUGUUCAAUCUCAUGCUGAAAGUUCCGCUCAAUCGCUUCAACCCCUGGGUUCUGCUCCGAGCGUUUCCAAUGUCCGCGCCGUGCACUCUGAAGGGGCACAUGCUGAGGCUCGCGAAGAUCAGGCAUCGGAUCGCCACCAGUGGAACCCGCUCCCUCCCACUGAGCCGGCGCGUGAACCGGAGCGCAAACCGGAACCUCAGCCUGAGAACACACCAAGUUGGGAUGCUCAACGCCACCCGCCUCCACCGGACUCCAAGCCCGAAGCCAUGGACUUCCCGCAGACGCACUACGAAAUGUCGUCUGACUUGGCUCCGUUUGUGCCACCCGCACGUUAUCCAAGCCCUCCCAAGAACAUGUGGUAUGAGGUGCCAAAAGAGCCUCCAGCACGACCCACGGAGAAGCCUAAACCGAUCUUUCCUUGGGAGAGCCAUAAGCCACAGCCUGUCCGAGUAUUCCAGACACACCAAGAGCGCCAGGAGGCUUCUUGGACCGAGGCGCCGUCCGCGACCUCUGGGUCGAGUACAGCGGAGGCGCAUGGCGAGCAGCAGGCAUUUCUAGGCCCAACUAGUCGCAUUGCUCCCUCCGUUCCCUUCGAUAUAUGGUCUUCGUUCCCACGGAUCAAUGCUUGGGAUGAGGUGCCAGAAAUCAACCGUUACGUUGGCGUUAUACAGAAACGUCAGCGCAGGGGAACGCGAGGCGCAGGGUCGAAGCCUGAGGACCCCUUAACCGGGGAGCCGGAAUUCGGCUGGGGAAGGAGAGGCUCGAAAGUCACAGACUUCCCCAGCGAGGACGAUCGUCCCAGUUUACCCGUCACUCCAGCGCCAAUUCGCAGACCAAGGCUCGGGGCCAGUGGUGGGUCCCGAGCCGGCGGAAGCGGCCAAGGUGACGAGCAGCUGCCUAUGGCGGAGGGGGUGCCGUCGCAAGCUGACUGGGUAUGUGUGCAUGGAAACUGGUGGGGUCCUGCAGACUGCCUCUGUGACCUGACUAACGUCCUUCGCUACCACAAGGAUCCCGUGGCUCAGCUGCAAAAGCUGGCCAGGCAGCAGUCAGAGCUGUUGCAGCAGAAGUUGGGCGGCGAGGGCUUACUGAGCGAAGGGAGCAUCGGUAAAGGGGGAAGGGUGAUACCCUCCCGGGCUCUUCCCUUUGGAUCCGAGGAUGCUAGGUCCCCGACCUAUGUAGCUUACUCUCCUCCUGUUGUCAGCCCAAAGCCGGUCAAGCCUGAUACUGGGAAGAGCCCGGUGAGCAAAAUCCUAGCCGCAGCCCCUGAGAUCACUGUCGAUCGGCAGGCGGCGUCGAAGGCGCCAUCAUCAUCGGCAACGAUGCAAAGUACCACAAGCCCAAUCCCGGCCCCGAGCUAUCAAGGUCCGGGCGCGUCUUUUGAGAAAGGCGAAGAUGUUCCGACCCACGAGACACCAGCUCUGCCGACGGAACACGACCGGGAAGUCCUUGACACCUAAGGACGAGAGAGCGUCUGUCAGUCUUGGGCUUUUACUCAUUAGGAAACAGAUGAUGGCCUUGAUGGAACGACAUUGUACAGUAUACGGAGUGUUGGCAGACAUGGAAUGGGGUUACGAAGGCCAACGGCCAGGUGGAUGGGCAGAGUGGAGUCAAGGGGCAGCCGGACGCCAAUUCCGAGGAGGUAGUGAAUAAGAGGUGCUGAUUUCCAAGAUCCUCGGAAGUUUCCUAGUAUUGCUUGGGUUAUAUGUUGUCUCUUUGGUCC